GGAGCCAGAGAGCUGUCCAUAUGGGCUCUGUGUGUCUAUCCAGAUAAUCUUUGUUGGAGGAUUAAGACCGGAGCAGGAAGACAUUCAACACGACCUGCAUUUGUCCAAAGAGGGUCCUUUAACCUUUCAGAACAAAUCUCCACUGCCGAUCAUAAUGUCUUUAUUGGAUUUUCUUGGGCAGGGGAAGCUGUUGGGCGUCGGAGUUCUGCUGGUGUGGCUCGUCCUCUUCCACCUUCUUGUUAAUGUUUGGCUCCUUUGCGUCUUUACCAGUCUCCUGGUGGUUCUCGGAGGUUGGCUUGGGUCACGGGCACUGCUGGAUGCCAACAGCGUUCUCCACCUGGAGCACUUCUUGCCUCUUGGCAACAUUAACCCACCUCAGUAUUCACCUGAGCAUGAGUGGAGAUUGAACCAUGAGAUCCACAGUGCUGUCCACAAAGCAGUGCGUGACUUUGUGUCCUCGUGGUAUCGCACUCUGCUGCCCGAGGUGGAGGGCGAGUUUGAGCGUGCGGUGCGUAAUUCCAUGCUGGAGUCAGUGAUGGAACUGAAGGAGCGUGCCCGGCGAGUGGACAGAAAAGCCAUGGUUCAGCGGUUGCUGGAGGUGUACGGGGGUCACCUGCAGAACUACAUGACAGUAAGACAGAUACAGUCAACACAAAAGGGAAGCAUGAGCCUCUGGCAGCUCUACAGUGAAGUAGACACCCCUCAUCCAGCUGUGAGCAGCAAAGCUGCUGAGCUCAGCUACUCCAGAGCUCUAGUUCACCUUGUACUACAUGUGCUGGUUCCAUACCCACAGAUGGAAACCAGGACAGGAGGUUACAUGGUUACAGAACUUAUUACCUGCAACGUGCUGCUACCGCUCAUAAGCAGGAUAUCCGAUCCUGACUGGCUCAACCAGACCAUUGUAGACAUACUUACCAGAUGCAGAGAACCACACCAGGAAAUCAACGUGGAUGACCUCCCAGUAGAUCCCCUAUACAAAUGUCAGAUCGACCAGGAGUCCUGGGCCACCUGCAAGUCACUAUCUUCUUCCGAUCAAGCCGAUCUCGCCAGCAAAAGCACCUCUGACCUUGAUGACCUGAAUGAGAGCCGGAGCACAAUCCAUGAGCGGGAGUCCUCACUGAGCAGCAUGGUUAGCUUGGCGUCAACUGGGAAAUUUCAAAGCUGCCGCCCAGGUCUGCUCACACCAUACAAAGUGAACUGCUGUCCGCUCACAUCUGCCCACCACUCCAACUCGUCAGAGUCCAAAAUAAUUUCACUGGACUCGCUAACUCAGUCUGACUCCGAUGAUGAUCUGAAAGGAGGCUUUUGUGAGUGUGGUCCUUCAAACAACUUCUGCAGCAUGCUCACUUCAAAAGAUGAUGAAGCCUUUGGAUGCUUCGGUCCUCUGAGAAAUCUAGGACAGAAGGUGGUGGUGCCGGUGGACUCCCAGUGGCCAGCAGGCAUAGCUGAAGAGAAAUCUCCAGGUUGCCCUAGAAGAAAGCUUUGUUUACCCUCUUAUAGUUUGGAUUCCCCCAGCAAUGCAGUGGCACCUGUGAACAUCCAGAAUGUCAGAAUUGGUGGCACCGUCACCGCAAAAGAGCAGCGUGGCACCGGCACACAUCCCUAUAUUCUUUACACUGUAAAGUUUCAGACAGCGACCAGUGAUGGCAGCGCCACUCCACAGCAUGCGACCUGCCACAAUGUCAAUCGCAGAUACAGCGAGUUCCUCAACUUGCAGACACGAUUAGAGGAGAAGCCCGAAAUGAAGAAAUUAAUCAAGAAUGUCAAGGGCCCAAAGAGGAUUUUCCCUGAUCUCUCAUUCAGCAGUCCAGACGGUGAGAAGGUUGAAGUGCGUAAAAGCCAGCUGGAUGCCUUCCUAAAACAAUUAAGCAGCAUUCCUGAGAUAGCCAACAACGAAGACAUGCAGGAGUUCCUAGCUCUCAAUUCAGGUGUCUGUACGUAUUUUGGAAGAAAACCUUUUGCCAAGUCAAGAAUUGAUAAGAUGAUGGAAAAUGCUUUGGACACUUUGAAGACAGCUUUCCCACAUCCAGAACCCCUCAGCCCAACAGAGGACAUCGAUGGAGAUCCUGAUGGAAGAACAAUGGACAACAGAAAAUACAGGAGGCUUUUCCCAAGCAAAAUCUCCCCAGCCUUCAAUAUACCCAACAUUCCUGAUCUACAUCCUAAAGUGACAUACUGCUUCAGUGAAGGCAGCACUGUCCUCAAUGGCAUGUCACUGUCCCACCUCGAGAAUUUUGUUGGUGAGCAGGAAAGACUGUUAUGUGGACUGAAUGGGAAAGAGAACAAGCAGAGGUGUGAGCAAGACGUGAAGAAGACUUCAGGGAAAACUCACGGCACAGACACAGCUGUGGCAGAUGUCGCUUUGAACAUCUUGUGUCUGCUGAUGAAGGAUCAGUGGAGUUGGCUGUGCACUGAGAACAUCCAGAAGGCCAUCAGACUGCUCUUCGGGACUUUCAUCGAGAGAUGGUUGGAUGUAGGUGUCGCCCACCUUACCAGUGCUCCUUGCUGGGUGAUUUACCUACAAGUGCUGCAGGAAGCUGUAUGGCCCGGUGGCACUCUGCCUGCUCAACCACAGCCUGAGCGAAGUGCUGCACAAAAGGAGAAAACAAAGGAGCAAUGUUUGGACUGCCUGAUGCAGCUGCUCCCAGAGCUCAUCACUGACAUGCUGGGUAAUGAGAAGUACAGACUGAGUUUGGAGACUAUGCUGGAGUCUUUGCAGGACCACCAGAUAAACAAGCAUCUGCUUUACUGCAUCUGUGACCUGCUGCUGGAAUUUUUGAUCCCCGAGUCGUGUGAUGAGAACUUCCAGCAUUCUCUGCUACAGAGCUUGACCAAAGACACAUAUUGAGACAACAAUGAUCGUCAUUAGUUUACAAAAAUCUGCCUGCUGAAGCCCAGAAUUGAUCACCAGACAGACUCGGGUCUGAAUGACAGUCACAACUCUCAGCAGCUUGUCUGAUAGAUAAAUGGAAUACACAGGUAAACAAAUAGCUGUCAUUCAGUUGUGGGGAGCACAGUGUACUUUGCUGUGGUCUGUGUGGGAGCAGCAUCAGAGCUGAGAACAACAACAGACUGAAGAAACUGAUUAGGAAGGCUGGCUCUGUGAGCCAGCUAUCACCCUCUAUAACAUUGUAUAUCUGUCUGACAAAUGAUUGUCUGCCAUAUAAUAUUUAUAUAAUUCCUAUCAUCAUUUCAUUAUCAUUUCAACUUCCCAUAUGUGUGAUAGACUUAUCACUUAUCUCAUUAUCAUAAAACAAGCUUUAGCUUCCAUUUCAGCUUAUAAAAAGUUUGCAUCCAAGUAAAAUACAAUGUCCUUUGCCUCCAUUUGUUUACUUUUCAAGUUAAAUCUUAUUCGCUGUUAGAAAAACAUAUGCACUGUUACUGAUAUGGUUGUAAAUCGUGCACAUUCCUACUUUGGAGCCUGGUAAGUUCACAGCUGGCAUGAGUGCAUAUGUUCAUGAUAUCUACCUAAAGUAUGAUGAUUCUUCAGAUGUAGAACUCGACAGAUCGCCGGGGCUUGAAAGGAAAUGAAGGAGGCUCUACCAGGAUUUUAUAUAAAGUUUUAUUCUGUCUUUUGUCGCCCUUUAUCUAAUGAUUGCUAGAGGUCUCACUGUGCUUCCCAGUGCAAUUAGUGCCUUCAGCUGAGCCCUCUGACAUCUCUGAGUGAAAUCAGCAGUGUGAAGGAGGUGCUCAGAUGAAAGCUGGGGCUGAACUUCAGACAGGUGUACUGACUGAAUCAAUAAAUGUUUGAAGUUGAGAGCACUGUUGGGGAAUCCCCGUCUUCAACACUAAGAGUGAACUUGUGGGAUUUUAGACGUCAUAAAGAUGGUUUUGUGCUAGUUUUCUUUGAUUACUCCUCUGUGUCAGGUAACUUAUUCAUAUAAUCCAGCUCUUCUCACACAUUCUUUCACUGUAUAAACACUAUUUGUGUGAAAGGAGUUAAAGAUCGGCUGAUAUUUCAUCAAUAAGUGUGUAUAAGUAUUGUGUUUUAGUCUUCCCAUGAUCUUUUGAUCCGGAGAGCAGUUAAAAAAAUACCAAUUUCUUCACAGCCAAAUUCCCUGAUGAGGGAUAAAUUAACUGCAUGAUUUACAAAACCACUUUAUGUUUUGCUUGAAUGGUAAAUUGAAAAAAAAGUAAGGUAAAAAAAUCACCACUCUUUAUAAAGUGCUUCCAUAUGGCAACAUCAUUUUAUUAAAUAUGGAUGGCUAAUAUAGUGU